GCCCACUGUGAAGCCGUACAGGUGCUGUCCUGUGACAUCACUUCCGCCCUCUCACCUGGUGGAUCCCAUUCUUGUCUCACUGCUUUCGCCUGGAUCUUGCUGCCUGCUUGGUCUGUGAUGUCUGGCUCUCGUCAGAUCCGUGUGUUCCCCUCUCCUUCAGAGCUUGCACUCUCUCUGGCCCAGAUCCUGGUCCAUGAGUCUCAGGGAUCAAAUGGUUUUAAGCUGGGUUUGUCAGGAGGAAGCCUGGUACAGCUACUGAGCCGGGAGCUGCCUAAAACCCCUGGACUCUCUACCGAGGGUUGGAAAGUGGCCAUGUGUGAUGAGAGGCUCUUGCCAUUUUCUGAUCCAGAGAGCACAUAUGGCGAGUACCAGCGUCACCUUAUCUCACAAGGCAUCCUUUCAGAGUCACAGUUUGUCACAAUCAAUCCCUCACUACCCGUGGAAGAAGCCGCAGCAGACUAUACCCAGAAACUACGGGAGCUCUUCCCUGGAAGUGACCUGCCAACCUUUGACCUCCUGAUUUUGGGAAUUGGCCCAGAUGGACACACUGCUUCCUUGUUCCCAGGACAUUCCCUACUACAGGUAACAGAUCAGAUUGUGGCUCCCAUCAACGACUCUCCAAAACCUCCGUCUGAGCGGGUUACUCUUACACUACCUGUCCUAAAUGCAGCGAAAACCGUAGUAUUUGUGGCUACAGGAGAGGGCAAAGCAGCGAUCUUGAAACGUAUCCUCCAGGAAGAAGAGCCUGAACCCUUACCGGCUGCACGUGUCUUACCUGUGCAUGGAAAGCUGCUCUGGUUCCUUGAUGAGCCAGCUGCCCGUGAGUUAACAUGUCCCGUGGAGAAGCACUCUGUUCUGUAAAGCCUCACCAAAAAAACAAAUAAAUAACAGCACUUGGAGUGGGUUGAGAACUAGAGUUUUCCCCCAUCUCACACUAGUGGUACCAUGGCCACGGGCAGAACCAUAGAGUUGGACAGAACAAGGGCCAUGGAUAAUAUUAGAGAGACAACCAGUCAUGGGCAGAACCAGAGACUCUCCAAACAAUGUUGCAAGCAUGGAUUGUUGUAGACGUGGUGUGCAGAAAUGAAGUCAUGUACAUUCCAGGACUGAUGGUUAACUCAAUGGACACUUGAUAUUAGGGAUCCGGUUUAACGACCGAUGUACAGGCUCAGUAACCUUGGGGACCUAGAAUGUUGGUUGCCAUCAGAACUAAUGUAGUUGAAGCACCAAAUAAGAUGGACUUCAGGAACCAUGGACUGGAUUGCCUAGAGAAUACCAAAGUCAAUAACCGAACCACGGCAAAGUGCCAUAUCACCAUAAAUCCAUAGGCUGACCCCCGAAAUAAUACCACAAACCAAGGUAUUGAAACCAGUACCCAACUGUUUAGUAAAAACUGAAGCUUGCCGACAUGUGCCAUGUUCAUAUACAGCCCUACCCUUUCAUGAUUCUGCCUGCAGUCCCUUGACAGAGCUGCCCCUUCUACCAUAUCCUCCCCCUCUUGGAUCUGCCCCUUGGUGUAAGUGGUGCCACUGAGAUCAUUUGCUUCCAACCAGUUUUCACACUGAAACUGUGUCAUGUAGCUGCACCAACAGUAAUAAAAUGGUGAUUUGUUUAAACAA